UAACCUAUUUCAACACGCAAUGUGUAGAAACUUACACAACGAUUAUUCAGUGCAAUACAUUUGAAUGUUUUAAUUCUCUAAAAAAAUAACAGUAGGCAACUGAUGAUUAUGUAACGUGGUUUCUAUAUAAUACAUGGAGACCUUUCCAAGAGUACAUUCUUUGAAGAUUCACUUCGCGUAAGGACUACUUGUCGGUGAGAUGGCCAUCUUGUUGGCGUUCUUGGUUACACUAAACCUGUUUGUGGGCGCCGCCCGCGCUCAGGGCUUCAUGCCGGUGCCCCCUGACGACGGGCCCUGCCCCGUUUUCCCCGUAGUGAAGAAUUUCGACCUCCAUGCGUACCUCGGCGAAUGGUAUGAGAUCGAGCGCUUCUUCAACCCAUUCCAAGACGGCUCCUGCGUCACGGCCAACUACGCACUUUUCCCAAACGGCAGCGUGUCCGUUCUCAACGCCGACGUCCAGGAAGGUGAACUAAAUACAAUUGCUGGCGUGGCGACUCUAUCAGAUGACCCAAGCGCUGGUCAGUUAUUUGUGGAAUUUCCUUUCACCGCUGGCUUCGAUGGAAUCGGCAUGGGGAGAAACAAACCUAACUACAAUGUGGUUGCAACCGACUACAAGAAUUACGCUGUUGUCUACACGUGUGAAUAUUUUGGGCCUGAACUUAAAUUUGAAUUUUCCUGGAUACUGGCACGUAGACCACAGAUUCCAAACUCAUUCUUGACAGAUCUGAAGCACUGGCUGCAGCUGGUCAACAUCAAUGCCAAGCGGUACAUGCCCACUGUGCAAACCAACUGUCCAAAUCGAACAGCAUCUUAGGACGCAAAGCCUUAUUGGGAUAUUUAUCUGCGCAAUAGUAUUUGCCCUUCAGUAGAUAUUAGUUUUUUGAUCUGGAAAAAAAUAGUGGAACAUAUGAUGAAAUGAACUUUCGUGUACUGCAAACCACAGAUUUAUUUACAUCAAAAUUAAAUAAAAUUAUUAC